AUGCCUAUAGCUGAUAUGUUGAUAGAUUCUACUGCUGGUCAUGAAAUGUUAAGUUUUAUGGAUGGAUAUUCAGGUUAUAAUCAAAUAUACAUAGCUGAAGAAGAUGUGUCAAAAACAGCAUUUAGGUGUCCAGGAAAAACCAAGGUUUUUGCGCCUCUGAUCAAGUUGAAAAAAGAGGAAGAGUUCCAAUGGAAAACAGAGCAUCAAGAAGCUUUUGACAACAUCAAGCAGUAUUUGACUAAUCCUCCUAUUAUGACACCUCCAAGGCACGGAGCACCUCUAAAACUUUACGUUUCAGCUUCUGAAGUAACAAUUGGUGGAAUGCUGGCUCAAGAAGAUGAGAAUGGCAACGAGAGAGUGAUUUAUUAUCUAAGUCGUGUGCUAAAUGGUGUUGAUAGCCGUUAUUCUCCAAUUGAGAAACUUUGUUUAGCUUUAUAUUUUUCUUGUUUAAAACUUAAGUACUAUCUAAUUCCUAGGAAUGUUUAUGUAAUUUCUAAGUUUGAUGUUCUUAAAUAUAUGUUGUCUUCUCCAAUAUUGCAUGGUAGACUAGGAAAAUGGAUGCUGGCCUUAACGGAAUUUUCUUUACAUUUUGUUCCUGCAAGAGCCGUUAAGGGUCAGGUUCUAGCUGAUUUCCUGGUUGAUCAUCCUUGUAUUGACAUUGAUAAGAGUUUACUAGGUUUCGUUGGUUUGGUACCUUGGAAAUUAUAUUUUGACGGUUCAUGCCAUAAGGGUGGUGUUGCUAUAGGAAUUUUAAUUAUUUCUCCAAGUGGCGAGCCAAGCAAAUUCCUCUUUGAAUUGAAUUAUUCAUGUUCCAACAAUGAGGCAGAGUAUGAAGCAUUAAUAAUGGGACUGGAAUUAAUAUUAGAAAGAGGAGUUAAAAAUGUGAAAAUUUUUGGAGAUUCACAGCUUGUAGUCCGUCAAGUAUCACUUGAAUAUAGAUGUGUUAGUGAAAAUUUAAGAAAGUAUUUCAAUGUGGCUACAGAGUUGUUGAGUAAAUUUGAUAAUGUCAUUGUAAGGCAUGUUCCAAGGGAGUUAAAUCAAGAAGCAAAUGAAUUAGCUCAAAUUUCUUCAAGAUAUAAGAUCAAGCCCUCAACACUAGAAAAAUUGGUAAGGAUAAAGGACAUAUUUAUGCCUUUGAGAGAAAGAGAAGUGUUGUCAUUAGAAAAACUAGACCCAGAAGAUUGGAGAGUACCAAUUGUAGAAUAUUUAAAAAAUCCAAGUCUUAGUGUCGAUAGAAAACUUAAAUAUAGGGCUCAAAGUUAUGUUCUAAUAAGUAAUGUCUUGUUUAAGAAAUCUGUUGAUGGAAAUCUCUUGACAUGUUUGGGAGAAAAAGAAGCGUAUUUGGCUCUUGCUGAAGUGCAUGAGGGAAUUUGUGGUGCCCAUCAAUCAGGGGAAAAAAUAAAAUGGGUGAUAAAUAGGAGAAGAUUGUAUUGGCCAACUAUUCAAAGAGAUUGUAUAAAUUAUGAAAGCCAAAAACAUGGAAGCCUUCAACAUAUUUCAGCGUCAGAACUACAUGUUAUAAUUAAGCCAUGGCCAUUUAGAGGUUAG